UCCUCAUUCACCAGCCUCACUUGUUCAUUCGUUCGGUCUGUCGAUCAAAAUAAAAAAGAAUUAAAACUGCGUUAUGCAAGAAUAAAAUGUUAAUUAAAAACUUAUUUUAUAUUAAUACAAACAUUAAAAACAAUUAAUUUAUUUAAUUUAAAAGUGACUUUUUCAUAUUUCUUAAACAAAAAUGUAUCGAAUGCUCUCGGUUAAAAGUUCAACAUUACAAAAUGUUCGGCUAAUUGUUGGACAAUGUGCUCCGAAAUUUGAUUUAAUUGCUGCGCAACGAACUCUCCAACCUAAUUUUUUACCAAUUUCAUCAGACAGCAUUAUUCUGCAGCCAUCGGAUAAGUUGAGGAUUUCUCUUCAGCCAUCCUUGGAGCGCCAUCAAUCGACACACAGCAGUUCUGCAACCAGCAGCCAGGAACCAGUGAAGAAAAAGCGAAAAUCUAGACCGAGAUUCGCUAAAUAUGUUGAAUUCCUUGAAGUGACUGAUUCAAAGCCCAUGGAACGCAAAGCCAAACUGAAGCGUUUAAAGGCCGAAAAACUGGCAGAAUUUAUUGCAAAAACCCAACAGAAGAUCCUUGAAAAACGUGCAAAGAUGGCCAAGAGCUCCUCUCCGAAGGUCAAAGCCAAUGCUGCCGCUCGUAGUUCCGCCGCUGCAUUCAGCACAAGUUCAUUGUCAACAUCAAUAGGAUCAUCACUGAAACAACCAGUGGAAUAUCAAAAAAUCGACUCGGAUGUCCUCAACAACUCAAUUCACCAUCCUGCGGUUUUUGACGAGAAACCGCUGAUUUUCCUCGGCAAACAUGCCAAGCGAAUCGCCCAACCUGAAGACAUCAAAAACAUAACAACAAGCUUCAAUAAUUUCCGAGAAUACGUCGAAGCCAUGGGACACGAAGCACACGACCCUGAAGGACUUUUCAUUGAGGAAGGAAUUCCUGACAUAGUUGACAUUGCUCAACCCAUUGAACCGUAUAUUCCCGCAAAUCAUCAAAAUCACACCCCAAAGAAACAUAUUUUGGAAGCAAAAUUAAAACAGUCGACUUACAAAUCGAAGUAUCACAUAAACGAAGACCAAGAGCGCAUAGCUCGAGAGCAGGCUUUAGUAAUAAAUUUGAAUUCCUACCUAAAGGCUUGUGUUUCUUCGGGAUUGGUUAAUCGAGGUAUGACAACGAUCCUAUCCUAUCGGCAGAGAGCUAAAAAGAGGAAAGAUUCAACAAACUUUCCCAUCGACCUCUACAAUAUUCUGUUGCAUGGUUACGCCGAGAAGGGAAGCUUCGAUAGAUUCAAGGAUAUUAUUGCUGUCCUCAAAGAGGACGGAAUUCCUUUCAAUGAACAGACUUUUGCAGCUAUUUUUGAAUGCCUCGGUCGUGCGGAAGAAUCGGAUCACAAUUUGAGACUCAUUCAAAAAUACAUCACAAAAGCUGAGAAAAUGGGAAUAUCAAUAAACUCCAUUAUGGAUAAGAGUAAAUUUGAGUUCGAUCGAAAGGAGAUUGCGCUGGAUGCCAUUCGACGAAUUGAACCUGAUUUUGUGCCCCAAUACACUCCUCCAAAUUAUGACUACAACAAUGUCCUCCUAAACGAACUGAAUCAACACGGAAAUGAGGAAUCAACUACCAGGAGUCCCAUCAUGAGAUCAAAGGAAGGAUUCACAAGAGAACAACUUCAACAAAUGGCCAGGGAUCAAUUGAAAAUCGAACUUGAAGGCUCGCUGACCAUAAAAAGCAUUGAAAACACCAAAGAAUUUGCUAAUGCUGAUUUUUGUCGUAAGAAAAUGGAAGAACUCUACACCCUCUGGAAGUCUCAAAUCGACGCAGCAGUCAAGCGGGAUUUGAAUACCCUCCGGGCACAAAUUCGUUACAAUUCCCAUGGAAAUAUGACCUACUACACUUAUUUGAAGAUUCUCGAUAGUGGACAGUAUGUGGAUAUCCUUCUGAAGGAGAUUCGAAUGCUUGCUGAAGGCUCAGAGACCUACAGUCCAACUGUGGGGCAGUUAUAUAAGAAUCUUGGAAUGAAAGUUCAACAGAGGUAUCAAAUCGAACAACAAAAACGAAAUGGAAUCUUGGAGAAAGUUGGCGAAAUCUACACAAGCUAUUGCGAUAAAUGGGAAGAGGGUGUGACCAAUGAUAACCCACGACAAAUUUGGCAACGUUUGGUACAUGAAAAUCGAGCCACAGGUCCCAGUAUGGAUAUCAUUGAUGUGCCAUGGCCUAAGAAUGUUCUAGCUGGAGUUGGACGGUUCCUCUAUAACAUCCUGAUGAGAGACAUCAAAAUUGAUUCGUUCAUCUUGAGGGCGAAUACCAAAAACAAGCAAACUAACUUGAUGCCUGCUUUUUAUACGCUCUUCAGGAAUCAAGGAAGAUUGAUGAAGGAGGAGGUGAAGCCACAUCCUGUUCUGGCGAGACUUCUUAGAGCUUCGCGGCAACAAACUUUGACAUUCGAUUCGAAUCUCGUGCCGAUGCUAUGCCCUCCACAGCCUUGGAGUACUCCACACAAUGGUGGAUAUCUUCUUAACAAAUCAGAGCUAAUUCGACUUCCUCAUCAGGCUGUGCAACAAUUGCAGAGGAUUAAAGACGCGAAUCCUCAAGAUCUCUAUCCAGCAUUAGAUUCCCUCAAUCAAUUAGCUAGUAUUCCGUGGAGAGUUAAUACAGAUAUCCUUGAUGUCAUAAUUGAAGUUUUCCAAAACGGUGGAAAUGACAAAUUGGAUGUUGCCAAGCCUCCAAAUUCCCUGCCAUCCUUACCCAAAGUCCCAGAUCGUGAUUCGGGACUUUCGAAUGCCGAGAGAGCAAAGCUUUUCAAGGACAAGAUGCUGCAUCGUCGGAAGCAGAGUGAGAUGUACAGUUUGUGGUGCGACUUGCUCUACCGCUUGUCUUUGGCUAAUCAUUAUCGGGAUAAAGUAUUCUGGCUGCCACAUAACAUGGACUUCCGAGGUCGUGUCUAUCCACUUCCUCCACAUUUGAAUCAUCUUGGUUCGGAUUUAGCUCGAUCGAUGUUGAUUUUUGAUCAGGCUCAGCCAAUGGGUGAGGAUGGCUUCAGUUGGUUGAAGUUACACUGCAUUAACUUGACUGGAAUGAAGAAACGUGACUCGGUGCGGGAGAGACUGCUCUAUGCCGAGGAAGUGAUGGACGAUAUCCUAGAUUCUGCCGAUAACCCUCUAACCGGGCGUAUGUGGUGGGCGAAAUCCGAUGAACCAUGGCAGACGCUUUCGUGUUGUCAGGAAAUCGCUAAAGUCUAUCGCUGUCCAGAUCCUGCCAAAUACAUGAGUCGAUUCCCGAUUCAUCAGGAUGGCUCUUGCAAUGGUUUGCAGCACUAUGCCGCUUUGGGGCGUGACAACGCAGGAGCGAUAAGUGUGAAUUUGACUCCCUCCUCGAUUCCGCAAGAUGUAUACAGUGCUGUGGCGUCGUUGGUGGAGAAAAUGCGAAAGACCGACUCUGACAAUGGACUGCAUGUGGCUCAGGUGCUGGACGGUUUCGUCCGUCGCAAGGUAAUCAAACAAACCGUUAUGACCACAGUCUAUGGAGUGACGCGCUAUGGAGCUCGUCUCCAAAUCGCACGUCAACUCAAAGACAUCGAUAACUUCCCCAGCGAAUGGGUGUGGCCAGCGUCGACUUAUCUCACAACAAAGACAUUCGAAAGUCUUCGGGAGAUGUUCACGUCGACCAAAGAAAUUCAAGACUGGUUCACAGAGUGCUCACGACUGAUAUCGGGUGUUUGUAAUCAGAACGUCGAAUGGGUGACUCCUCUGGGGUUGCCAGUUGUGCAGCAUUACAAUCGCAUGGACCACAAAAACGUCCCCAAGAGUCAGAGUGUUUCGUCGACCAUGUCAAUGGACAUGUACGAGAAACCGAAUAUUAUGAAACAGAAAAAUGCCUUCCCUCCUAAUUUCAUUCACUCCCUCGACUCCAGCCAUAUGAUGCUAACUUCUUUACACUGCGAACGCAAGGGGCUGACAUUUAUUUCGGUGCAUGAUUGUUUCUGGACACACGCGUGCACAGUACCUGAUAUGAACAAGAUCUGCCGUGAACAAUUCGUGGCCCUUCAUUCACAGCCAAUUCUUGAAGAUUUGUCCAAAUUCCUUCAAGAGAAGUUUAGUUUUAGUGAAUCAGAGAUUGGCAAAACUGGUUCUUCCGAAGAUAUGGCGAAAAGAAACUUAAAUAGAGCUUUGCGACAGCUACCCAAAAAAGGAGACUUCGAUUUGAAUAAUGUAUUAAAUUCAGUUUAUUUCUUCAGUUAGACACAAAAGACCUUCCACAAAACACUCACAAAAAUAGACAAUAUUAUAAAAUUGCAACAAAAUCAAAUAAUUGCAAUUUGCAAUUUUUCCUUAAAAAGUGAUAUAUUUGAUUCUAAUUUUCUUUUCUUUCAUUCAAACAUUUCUUAUUUCUUAUGUUAUUCUUUUGUAAAUUGUAAUCAUUUUCAUAGCAAAGUCGCAAGUAGGAUUAUUUAUUUGUUUUAAGAGGAAGCCGCAGCCGCCGCCGAUUUGUAUUGUUGUACUUUUUAAUAACCAAUAUCAUUCGAAAUAAAUAUAAAAUCACGUAAAAUAAAAUUAAA